GUCGAAGGCAAUCACUUAUCUCAGUUGCCAUUAAAAAAAAAAAAAAAUAACUCUGCCAUAUUUUUACCACGAAUUAUUGUUUGCCAGUUGACGACUGCAUUGUUUAAGAUGAUUGCCAGAUUGACUGCGUUCAUUUGGGUUACAAGUUUCCUUUGUAAGUACAGAUCAUUGUUAUUAAGUCUGCGAAAAUCAUAAAUUUGAAAUCUUCGAUAACGAGAAAACCGCCGCCAUUUUGCCUGUCAUGUGACAUAAUAUGUGAUCGCAUGCUUCAUUGCAUGUCAUGUGGCUCAUGUGAUCGCAUGCUACAUUGCACGUCACGCGACUUAUGUGAUCGCAUGCUACAUUGCACGUCAUGUGGCUCAUGUGAUCGCAUGCUACAUUGCACGUCAUGUGGCUCAUGUGAUCGCAUGCUACAUUGCACGUCAUGUGGCUCAUGUGAUCGCAUGCUACAUUGCACGUCAUGUGGCUCAUGUGAUCGCAUGCUACAUUGCACGUCAUGUGGCUCAUGUGAUCGCAUGCUACAUUGCACGUCAUGUGGCUCAUGUGAUCGCAUGCUACAUUGCACGUCAUGUGGCUCAUGUGAUCGCAUGCUACAUUGCACGUCAUGUGGCUCAUGUGAUCGCAUGCUACAUUGCACGUCAUGUGGCUCAUGUGAUCGCAUGCUACAUUGCACGUCAUGUGGCUCAUGUGAUCGCAUGCUACAUUGCACGUCAUGUGGCUCAUGUGAUCGCAUGCUACAUUGCACGUCAUGUGGCUCAUGUGAUCGCAUGCUACAUUGCACGUCAUGUGGCUCAUGUGAUCGCAUGCUACAUUGCACGUCAUGUGGCUCAUGUGAUCGCAUGCUACAUUGCACGUCAUGUGGCUCAUGUGAUCGCAUGCUACAUUGCACGUCAUGUGGCUCAUGUGAUCGCAUGCUACAUUGCACGUCAUGUGGCUCAUGUGAUCGCAUGCUACAUUGCACGUCAUGUGGCUCAUGUGAUCGCAUGCUACAUUGCACGUCAUGUGGCUCAUGUGAUCGCAUGCUACAUUGCACGUCAUGUGGCUCAUGUGAUCGCAUGCUACAUUGCACGUCAUGUGGCUCAUGUGAUCGCAUGCUACAUUGCAUGUCAUGUGACUCAUGUGAUCGCAUGCUACAUUGCACGUCAUGUGGCUCAUGUGAUCGCAUGCUACAUUGCACGUCAUGUGGCUCAUGUGAUCGCAUGCUACAUUGCAUGUCAUGUGACUCAUGUGAUCGCAUGCUACAUUGCACGUCAUGUGGCUCAUGUGAUCGCAUGCUACAUUGCAUGUCAUGUGACUCAUGUGAUCGCAUGCUACAUUGCAUGUCAUGUGGCUCAUGUGAUCGCAUGCUACAUUGCACGUCAUGUGGCUCAUGUGAUCGCACCAAAGUAAACAGCACACUGUGUUUACGGUAGUUUUUUUAAGGAUAGUAUUACAUUCUUAGUUACUUUAAAAAAAAAAUGUUUGUUAAAUUUUAUGCAAACAUUUUUUUGUAAAAAUUCAUGAGAUUAGUUUUUGACUUACAGAAGAACACACAGCUCUAUGGUGUAAAUAUGGCUGCUUUGUUGUUGUUUUUUUUUAAAAAUAAUUCCGUUUCCGUAUUUCGUACUUCAUAUUUUUUAUGAAUAUAUUUAUUUUUAAAAAAAAAAAAUAUUUUAACGUAGCUUUGUUUUCCAACUGAAAUGUUGUCUCAAAAUUUUAAUCAGUCAGCGAACAAACAGAAGUCGAUGAUGCGUGUCCCCCUGGCUUGCCUCAAGACGAAUUCCGCCAACUGUACCGAGACUCGUGCUUUUACUUUGUGCUGUACAGAGUCAAGGAUUACGUCCACGCCGAGCAGGACUGCGAGGGUCAAGGGGGCAAGCUGGCCGUCGUCGACUCGGCGGCCGUCCAAGGGUUCCUGGUGGACAAACUGGUCAACGCGUACAAAAGACCCGACAUCCGGGUGUGGAUAGGACUGGAAGAUCGGGAUAACGACGGCACCUUCGUGUGGGCGGACGGCACGCCCCUCGCCUACAGCAACUGGGCCAUCGGCGAGGGCGACCACAAGCACCCCGGGGAGGUCUGCGCCCUGCUUGACACGAGGCAGCGCGGGAAAUGGUACGACUUCGUCUGCGAGAACAAAGAAUCACUCGGGUAUGAGCAUUCGUAUGUGUGCCAGUACACGUCACGGACUGCGACGGCGCCGACCGCUCACGUGGCUACAGCGACGGACAUCUCUAUGACGCACCCGUGUCCGCCCUUCUCCUGUGACCUCGAUUGUGGGAUGGACGGUUUCAAGAAGAAUGGGACCUCGUCGUGUUCACUGUGCGAAUGUGACGUUUAAGUUCUGGGCUCUGCGUUAAAGAAUAUUUUUCUUCUGUCAUCGCAUGUAUUUCUAGCGUGAAAUUUAAUUAUUGAAUCGUAGAGUCUAGAAAUAGCACAUUGAUACUUCUGUGUGUGUGUGCGCGCAUGUUUGGACAUUAGUGUAUACAACACUGGCAUAUAUCAUCAUUUUUCUUACAUAUUUACUCUGAAUCAGAUCAUUCACUACUUCAGUGUCAUCCGGUAUUGACUGCUCUGACAAACAAAUAAGACAAUUUACAACAAACAAAAUAUGUUUUCUGUUGUUGUUGUUGUUUUUUUUUCUUCUUUUGUUGAUAAAGUAUGAAUUGUCAACAAAGGAAGUUAACGCCGUUGACACGGUUUCGCUUGAGGUAGUUAGUUAUCCAUCCUCUAUGCACACGUUGGUCGGGUUACUUCCCUUAGAGAGGCUAAUUCAAAGAGACCAACCAAUUCAAUCUUUCGUGUUUUCUAAGAAGUGCUGUAAAAAAUAUAAUUAAAAAAUAAUUCUGUUCUCUGUUUAUUAAAGUAUUUUAAAAUGUUUAUGAAUUAAACCAACUUUCCAC